CCGGGACCGGCGUCGAGCGGGUCCCCGAGCGCGAUGAUCCUUAAACGUGGGAACGGUAGCGCUGUCACGACCGGAGGGGGGACUCGCAGCCUUACCAGGCACUUAAAUAUUCAUCAAAGAGUCACCCCAGUAGUGGUGAUCACAGACAUGAAAAGAUGCGAGACGCCGCAGAUCCUUCACCACCAAAUAAAAUGUUGCGGAGAUUUGAUAGCCCUGAAAACAAAUACAGUGACAGCACAGGCCACAAUAAGGCCAAAAAUGUGCAUACUCACAGAGUUAGAGAGAGGGAAGGUGGGACCAGUUACUCCCCACAAGAAAAUUCACACAACCACAGUGCUCUUCAUAGUUCAAAUUCACAUUCUUCUAAUCCAAGCAAUAAUCCAAGCAAAACUUCAGAUGCACCUUAUGAUUCUGCAGAUGACUGGUCUGAGCACAUUAGCUCUUCUGGAAAAAAAUAUUACUACAAUUGUCGAACAGAAGUUUCACAAUGGGAAAAACCAAAAGAAUGGCUUGAAAGGGAGCAGAGACAAAAAGAAGCAAACAAGAUGGCAGUUAAUAGUUUCCCCAAAGAUCGGGAUUACAGAAGAGAGGUGAUGCAGGCAACAGCAACUAGUGGGUUUGCCAGUGGAAUGGAAGACAAGCAUUCCAGUGAUGCCAGUAGUUUGCUCCCACAGAAUAUUUUGUCUCAGACAAGCAGACACAAUGACAAAGACUACAGACUGCCCAGAGCAGAGACUCACGGUAGCUCUACGCCAGUACAGCACCCCAUCAAACCAGUGGUUCAUCCAAGUGCUGCCCCAAGCACUGUUCCUUCUAGUCCAUUUACUCUACAGUCUGAUCACCAGCCAAAGAAAUCCUUUGAUGCUAAUGGAGCAUCUGCUUUAUCCAAACUGCCUACACCCACCUCUUCUGUGCCUGCACAGAAGACAGAGAGAAAAGAGUCUACAUCGGGAGACAAAACGGUAUCGCAUUCUUGCACAACUCCCACAUCUUCAGCCUCUGGACUGAACCCCACCUCUGCACCUCCAACAUCUGCGUCAACAGUACCUGUUUCUCCUGCUCCACAGUCACCGAUACCUCCAUUACUUCAGGACCCAAAUCUUCUUAGACAGUUGCUUCCUGCUUUGCAAGCCACACUACAGCUUAAUAAUUCUAAUGUGGACCUAUCUAAAAUAAAUGAAGUUCUUACAGCAGCUGUGACACAAGCUUCGCUGCAGUCUAUUAUACAUAAAUUCCUUACUGCUGGGCCAUCUGCGUUCAAUAUCACCUCUCUGAUUUCUCAAGCUGCUCAGCUCUCUACACAAGCCCAGCCAUCUAACCAAUCUCCAAUGUCUUUAACGUCUGAUGCAUCUUCCCCAAGAUCCUAUGUAUCUCCAAGAAUAAGCACACCUCAGACUAACACAGUCCCUAUCAAACCUCUGAUUAGUACUCCUCCUGUUUCAUCACAGCCAAAGGUUAGUACUCCGGUGGUUAAGCCAGGACCAGUGUCACAGUCGGCCACACAACAGCCUGUGACUGCUGACAAGCAACAAGGCCACGAACCUCUCUCUCCUCGGAGUCUUCAACUCAAGGCAUCAAGAUUGCGUGAAGAAGCCCAUAACAUGGGAAGCGUUCACAUGUCUGAAAUUUGUACUGAAUUAAAAAAUUUAAGAUCUCUAGUCCGAGUAUGUGAAAUUCAAGCAACUUUGCGAGAGCAAAGGAUACUGUUUUUGAGACAGCAAAUUAAGGAACUUGAAAAACUAAAAAAUCAGAAUUCCUUCAUGGUUUGAAGAUGUGAAUAAUUGCACAUGGUCUUGAGUACAGAAACUGUAAAUCUGUUGCCCAUUCUUAACAUUUUUGAGCUGCAUUUAAGUAGACUCUGGACCGUUAAGCUGGGCAAACAAAAUGACAAGGGGUCGGGGGUCUGUGAGAAAGAUACAAGAUUGAUUUGUAAAACCCUUGAAAUGUAGAUUUCUUGUAGAUGUAUUCUUCACGUUGUAAAUAUGUUUUGUAGAGUGAAGCCAUGGGAAGCCAUGUGUAACCGAGCUUAGACAUCCAAAACUAAUCAAUGCUGAGGUGGCUAAAUACCUAGCCUUUUACAUGUAAACCUGACUGCAUAAUUACCUUUAAAAAAAAAAAAUUGGGGGGUUAAUUUAUCAUUCAGAAAUCUUGCAUUUUCAAAAAUUCAGUGCAAGCGCCAGGCGGGGUGUGUCCAAGGAUGCGAUCUGAACCAUAUGGGCGGUGUACAAACUAUCGUGUGCAGCCGUGUCCACACUCACAACUAUCAGGAGCAGUGCUUCUCCAUUUGUUUUGCAAGGAAGUGUUUUCAUUUCCCAGGUGUUCCAUUUCCCUCUGUAAUACUCGCCCUGAUUCGACCCAUCUUUUGAGGCUCCCUUUCCUCCUUUCUUAACGGCACUGUUGCUGUGGCACUUUUCUGUGACCUGUCCGUCCCCGUGUACAGUAGCUUGUUGCAGUGACUGAACAGAACCCACAUGUCUGUAUAAACGAUUGAAAUCCAUUGCACCCUGUAAGAACGGACUUGCAAGUUCUGCGGGGCACAUGUGCUGAAAGUACGUGGAUCGCUCCAGUAGAAGCCAGUGAACAUGGUGUGGGAGGGGAAGAGGAAACAAAGCUAGUCAGAUGUGAAGUGUAUCUGUUGUAAUAAACAUGUUAAAACAAAAAAA